ACGACGACGACGACGACGACGACGACCGCGGGGCAGAUAUCGCGGCCAUGGCUUCCGAAGACUCCCCGUCCAACCACCACCUCGCCGAGUCCGGCAUCACGAUGCACUCCGACAGCGAGCAGUACUCCCCCGGCGAGGAGCUGUCGACGUCGCCGCCGUCCUCGGGGUCGCCCGUCAUCCUCUACAAGCCCCCCACCGUGUGGUCGCUGGUGCGCGGCGCCGCCAUCAAUCUGCUCCUCCCCUUCAUCAACGGCAUGAUGCUGGGCUUCGGAGAGCUUUUCGCCCACGAGGCUGCGUUUAGGUUAGGCUGGGGCGGCACCAAGGUUUUCCCCACGUCGAGACGGAGAGCGCACGCCAUCGGUCCGGGCAUCGAGGUCAGAGAGCGGCGCGAGAAGCCGGGUGUGUCACUGCUCGACUACGCCAGCCUGGAGUAGAGAAACACUGCCGGGCAAAUAACCGUCUACUCAAUAUUAAAGACAACGCAAUAUUCACGACAUGGCACACUGCGGAACUGCGGCUUUGAUGGUUCGCAUUCUGAUCUGACGGCGGUCGUAGGAACAUGACAUCCACGGCAUGUGGAGAGGACGGCCAACGAGGGCUAUGUGGGAUCCAUCUAGACGGCGUCGGGGAUGGCGUGGUGAUUGCAUCCUCCUGUCGGCAAUCCGACUGGAGUCUAGGAAGUACUCGGUAUAUAGAGCAAUGACUGUACUUUCCUACCUAAACUUGCCAACCCAGAUGGUAGGGCGUAUGCUCUUCUACAAG